UCCACUCUUCAGUGUAUUCAAGCGUAUUCAAGUGCCAUCCCGUGUAUCGUGGACGGAGCCGACGGAGUCGCUCGCGUAAAGCUGGUGGUGGACGUCGCGUCGAGCGAACGAUCGCGCCGAGGCGUCGCGCCGCUUCCCGCCAGCCCCCGUCGUCGAGCACGGAAUCCACCCCCCCCGCCCCGGGUGGAGAAGAAGAGCGCGUCCGCGUUUACGUACGGAAGCGCAUCAAUCGUGAGAGCGCAUCUGUGCGGGAGCGCGCGGCAGACGCGCGCGUCCUAUAUAUACAUACGUGUUUCGUCGUCAGCGCGCAUCGCUCGGCGCGGAGCGACAGUGGUGCAUACAUAAGCCGGCCGACACACGUUUCAGCGUCGCGGAAGGGUCUCGCGCGCGCGCGCGCGCGGUCAUCCGAGGAAUCUCGCAUUUUAGUCUAUCCCGCUCUCUUCGGAUCCCGGCAGAAUCAUGGCGACGUUUUGCUACAACUUCUCCAAGUACACGCUGGCGGCCAUGAGCCUUGUGUUUUUGAUAAUCUCGGUAACGGUGAUCACCCUGGUAGCAUGUAUGCUGUCGGACAAAACGUAUUUAGUAUCGAUCGCCGAGGAAGGGAACAACUACGAGGCGGGCCUGUACAUUCUGCUCUGCACCGGAAUCCUCAUGCUCAUCGUCUCCAUCCUGGGCUGGUGCAGCGCCUUCAAGCACUCGCGGUAUUGCCUGGCCACCUUCUUCAGCAUCAUGCUCGUCAUCGUUGUCGCGCAGAUCGCCUUCGCCGGCUGGCUGUACGCCCAUAAGGACCGUCUCGACGAGCUGGUGCGAUCUUCCGUGAUAAACACCGUGAAGGUCGAAUACGGCGAGAUACAGUGUCGCACGCAGAUCAUGGAUACGAUUCAGACCACUCUCGAGUGCUGCGGAGCCAACGGACCUGCAGAUUGGGCCGGCAGCAAGUACGCGAGCCAGGAUUCCUCGCGCUUCAACUUCCAAGUUUCGAACUCCAACAACAUAUUGUUCAAAAUACCGAAAUCGUGCUGCAAAGACCCGACCAGCGCCGCCUGCAACGAAGGUCGUCAGAUGAAGGUCGCCGCAGUCGUGAGCUCCGCGAUCUACAACGAGGGAUGCAUGGAGAAGUUGGUGACGACGCUGAAGUCGCAGACUUAUCACUUCAUGGGUGCGGCGAUACUGGUCCUGGCCCUGGAAAUCCUCAGUCUGAUACUCGCUUUAAUCUGCUGUUGCAAAGGCGGACCGUCAGACAGAUACAAAGCUUAAGAAAACUGAUUUUCAUCGCGCAUUGUCACGUGUAAGAAUCUCCCCCUUUAUCGGGUGUCCCACAAUAACGGCGUAAUACCAAAAAAAAUAAUCAAAAUUCCGUUUUAUUGAGGCCGCAUUACUAUCCUGUGCGAAUUGGUAUGCGUUAUUUUGGGACCAAUUCAAGAUCUGACGUGUAAUAGCAUCAUUUUUCUUAUUUUAUUCUACUUUUUGUAAAUAACUUGAUAUCUCCCUUUUGACAUAGAGAGAAUUUGCGUAUUUUAUAAAAUUGAUUUUUAUAUGAACGAUUUACGUACGUGCACAAAUGACUCUUACUUCUUAGUUUAUUACUCGCGAGAAUAAUAUAUUCAAUUUUUUGACUGAUUUAUCUUGAAGGGGUACAAGGAUAUGACAGGUAUUAAAACUAAAAUGUAUAAUUGUAUGAAAUUUUUAUCGACAUGCAUAUAUAAAUUUCGAAGGCGGAUUAUGGCCCAGAUUCAAGACGCUUAUAACGAUGUUAGCGCGCUAACAAGUCUAUGAGAUUCUACAGUACAUGUAAUGUGAACUGUAUGCUAAACGCGCGCUAAUACUGUCAUAAGCGCGUUCUGAAUAUCGAACUUAUAUCUCUUUACUAAAUCAAGGCUAUAUUGAAUAGAGAAAAUAAUCAGUUGUUUUCCAACUAUUUGCAUCAAUUUGAGCAGACGUAUAUGUGUGACUUGUAUUGGUGCAGAUACAAUUAUUUAAGAUAUAUGUAACAUAUAUAUAUUUAUAUACGUAUACAUAUAUAUAAGCCUUCCAAAAUUUGAGAAUGACAGCGGGACUGUAGGAAGAAGUCUAAUUAGAUAAAUCCUCCCUCUCUCUUAAUUAAUUCGAAAUGCUCUCUGACUUUGAAUGCAAAUUUUCUUGAUCUUUGUUUUCAUUAAUAGUAUUUCGUGAUAUUAUUAUUGAAUUUGACUAUCAUCUCAGUCUAUACUUAUACCUGCAUAUCUUAUAUGACGAUACAAUAUACCAUUGGAAAGAAUCUUGAUUUUACGAAUUAUUUUAUGGAAAAAAUUCGAGACGCGAAUUUAAAUAACGGACAUUCGAUUGUUCUGAUUGACUGCCAAAUGCUCUCCUAUAUAAAUACAUAUAUUUCCAAUUUAAAGACUUGUGUACAUAAGCAUUUAACAUCUUUCACAAAGUACCUACUUGCAGCUAGGGUUUCUUCGGGCCAAAGUAGUAAACCAAACUAAAAAAACGCAUUGCGUUGACAUAAGGUGAAAAUUGUUAUAUUUUAAAUUGCAUAAUUGAGGUGUUAGAAAUAUUAUUUCUACGACGAAAAAAAAAGUAUAUUUUGUGUUGCAUCUGAUAUAUUUAUAUAAUCUUACGAGCGCGUGUUUAUAAUAUCUCGCGUUAAAUUGCUAAUCUUUUUCUUUUUACUUUAAGCUUAUAACUUAGAUUGAAAGCCAUAUACUUUCACUUGACUAAUCUCAAUUAGGAUCGUUUAACGCAUCUGAGAAAACAGGAAUCCCCGAACGCGAUGAAUAUCAGUUAUCGUGUCUUACAUCGACUAACGUUUUCGUAGCGUUAAUCUUGCAAAUCAAAAUAGGAAAAGGACCGUGCACCUACUAACGAUACAAUCAAUCUAGUACUAUAAGUUAACUUACAGCGCGAUCGUCAUAGUUUCUAGUCUGUAAACGAUGUAACGUUAACUUAUCGAUCUACUUGCUUUAUCUCACGCGAUAUACGAUAUAUUUUAUAUAUUAUUUUUUAUAUACAUAUUAAUGAUAAUUUUCUAUAGAUUCUAUGAGGUAUAGCAAUAUUAAUAAUUGUUACCAUCAAGUUUUACAAGAAAAAAAAGAACUUCUUAUAGAGUAGUUUACAUACACAAUAAUAAUGUGUUCGAUUUUAUAUAAAUUGGAUUAAUCGCAACAAAUUAUUGCACACACCGAGGACAUUGCUUUUGCGAGAAACGUCUUAUAUAUGCUUCCCAAUUAAUUUAAAAUGCACUCUGACUUCGUGCGAAUUUAUCGAAUGAAUCGCCAUAUCAAUAUUUUUUAUGACGCCGCUGAAUCCAAAUAAGUCUUCGAAUGUUUAUAUCAUAUCUGAUCCGCGCUACGUGAUGUUUGGUUUCAUUAAUAUAGCACAAGAUGUUGGUUGUAUGCAACGAUCCAAAGCAGGGCUUCCCAAACUUGUGUGGAUCGCGACUCACUUUUUAAAACGACAUUCGCGACUCAUCUAGCUUUAAUUAAUAUGCAAAAGUAGAGAGGGGUAAAUUAAUUAUUUAUUUAUGUGUAUAUAUUCUGCUCUUUUUAAUUUUUUAUUGAGUACAAUUUUAUAAAUCUAUUUCUCAGAUUCGUAAUCUAGGCAUAUCUGAGGAAUGCCCUUGUUUCCUCUUUUGUUGAUAGAUUUAAUGUCGAUAUUGAUACGAGCUAUUUUUAGACGCAAGAAGUUAGAUAUAAUUGCAGUUUUGAAAUUACGUUUUGAUUCUUACUAUAGUUUCCACCAUUGUAAAUUUCUUCGCGAUUCACACUUUGGAAAUCUCUGAUCCAGACAUUGCAUGAUGGUAUAAAAAUCACUACUUCUAAAUGUUGAUGUAUUGCGAAAACGUUAUAUGUAUUGCGCUAAUGUACAUUUUAUUAAGAUUUUUUUUGUGGAACUUUUACUCACGCGUAUGAUCGGAGUGAUGGUCCACAAGUUUGCGUUGGAAAUCGAAAAUCUUUUGGAAAUUCUUUUCAGGCAUCCUGACAAUUGUCGCAAGCGAAAAUUCAAGCGAAACGAACUUCUAGAUGAAACGCAUAGAAUUCAUGACCAACUCCAUUGUUAAAGUCGUGACGCAAUAUGUCUCGUCGUUUAAGAAGAAAUAAAGUUAGUCAUGAAGUCAUCGAUGUGUUAUAUAAAAAGUUGUAGCGCAAGAAUAAACGUUGCGUGUAAUAUGUAAAAAAAAAAAAAUACGAAGAUAUGUAACAGCGUGUAACAGCAAUACGUAUGCAUAUAUAUGUGUUGACUAAAAAACGUGCAUACUCUUCUUUCGAUUUCGCAUCGCGACACUCGUAUACCGGCACAAAGAUACACCCGCACACAUCUGUACGAUGCAUCUCGUGCAUUCUCGGAUCGGAUUGUUCGAUUUUGACAUUUACUUUACUUAGGGUUUAUUUCCCAAUUACGUUGUGGAUUACGAUUUUUGAUGUUGUCCGCCGUUUCGUAGAGAAGAUAAGAAAAAAAAUAUUAGAGAUAAGUCCUAUAAGUGUAAAAUUGUACUGUGUACGGAAAGAGAGAGAAAAUUACGUGUGCAGGAGCGAGGCGUGCGAUUGAUCACUUGCGACGAUAUAAACUGUACAGUUGACUUUUGUGUUUUGUGUGCAUCGCGAAAUUUAAGGCGAUUACUCUCCGGACAGACUUCCAUUCUGCAUUCAGUAUAUGCAGUUUUCCAUGAAUAAAGAUACUCGUACACCUCCAAA